UCCCGAGAAAUUCCGUUUACAGCAGUCAGCCUUCACUCGGGACUGGAUCAUAACUCUAAGGCAGAAGAGGGAAACGGCCCGAUUCACAACAUGGAUGUUCAGAUAGAUUACAACAGUACACAGAGCUUGUCUCGUCCUCCAAUUGCUGAACUUGGAGAUGCCUCCAAAGAUACUUCUGAACUGUCAUCCUUCCAUGAUCCUGGGAAUCACCAAACAUCUGUUCAUGACUUUGCUUUCAACUCAGAUCUUCAACCUUCGCGAUACACACCAUUCUCUGACCCUGCAUAUGCUUUGGACCCCAAUGCAGGUGAACCUCCACUAACUGCGUUUAACAGUGCAAUCAAUACAGAUAAUGAGCCAUCUUCUGACGUGGCAUUUCCAUCUUAUGACGUCGGAUAUAAUUCUGCAUCCUCAAACGACUUCGACUACCCUUCUACUUUGUCACAUGGAUCGAAACAAUACUCAGCCUCAUAUAAUCUUGAUCAGCUUACCCCACUCAAAACAGAUUUUUCAACUGAUUCAUUUACCUCUAAUGGCUACCCCAACCCCGAUGAAGCCUUAAUGCCUCAGAACAGAGAAAAUCUACAGCAGGGCAAACCAUCAUCUAAUGACCCUACCCCAAUUCAUACAGUUAGCACAGAACUAAACCAAGGAACAACUCAUCUGACGUUACCUACCAAAUCAGGUGAUGCAACCUCUCAAGAUCCUACUUCAAAUACUGCGCCAAGAUUCUUCCGUGAGAUACCUCAUGACUCAGGUGUGGAACCUCACCAUUCUUUAUCAAGUGUGCAGGGACAGUCGGUUCUAAGUGACGAAGAGCAAUAUCAAGUGCCUGUUUUGGAAGGAGAGAAAUCCUCAGUUACUGGAUCAGAAUAUGGCCAACUCUCAGCCACUGGGUCUCAGUAUAAUCAGUUACCAACAACUGGGGAAAAGCAAGACCACUCCUUACCCACAGGAUUGCAGUAUGAUGAACCACCAAUAAAUGAAGCAACUUAUAAUCUUUCCCUAAACACGGGAUUAGACUAUGAGCAAUCCUCUGUCACAGGUUCACAGCAUAAUCAGUUGCCAGUAACUGGAGAAAACCACAGUCAGUUCUCUGCCACAGGGUCUCAAGACAAUGAGAUACCAAAACUAAUGGUAAAGAUUACUCAACCCCAAACUCCAGGGUCAGAAUAUGGUCUUUCCUCAGCCAUAGGGUCACAAUAUAGCCAAUCUUUAGGCAGAGACAAUUCAUUUGAGCAAGCACCAAUAACUGGGACCCAGUAUGACCAGUCUUCAGUCACAGGUUUAGAAAAUAUUCAGACACCAAGCACAUUGUCUCAAUUUGCCCAUUCCUCAACUGGGUCACAAGACUACCAGUCACCAAAAACUGUGUCAGAACAACAGUUUUCUCUAACAGGUUCACGUUAUGAUCCAUUAUCAACCAAUGUGCCCGACCCUGACCAAUCCUCAGUUGUAGAGUCACAGUAUGACCAGUCUCUGCUAACUGGGCCACAGUAUGAGCAGUUACUACCAACAGGACCUCAUGUACAGGUCUCUGCUACUGGGUCAAUACAUGAGUCACCAGUCAUCACUUCACAUCAUUUCCAAUCUUUAACAUCAGGCUCACGGAAUGACCAGACAAUACCGAUUCUCCAAGGACAGAAUGGCCAAUCAGUGAAUAACCAGUUUGCGAUCGCAGAUUCUGACUUUGGUGAACCUGCAAAUACAGGAUCUCAAAAUGACCAGUUUACCACGACCAUUAGUCACCACAGCCAACAUACAACUUCAGGGUCACAGUAUAACCAACCUACAAUCAAUGGGUCACAGAAUAACCAACCUGCAAUCACUGGGUCACAAUAUAACCAACCUGCAAUCACUGGGCCACAGUAUAACCAAGCUACAAUCGGUGGGUCACAGUAUAACCAACCUGCAAUCACUGGGUCACAGUAUAACCAACCUGCAAUCACUGGGUCACAGUAUAACCAACCUGCAAUCACUGGGCCACAGAAUAACCAACCUGCAAUCACUGGGUCACAGUAUAACCAACCUGCAAUCACUGGGUCACAGUAUAACCAACCUGCAAUCACUGGGUCACAGUAUAACCAACCCACAGCUGUCGAGGAAUCAAAGUACAAUCUUUCAGAUAAUGUUAAUACUGGAUAUUCUCAACAAGUGAACGGAUACAACCCGACUGGAAUCGACAGUGCACAAGCAGUCGAGUAUGACUAUCCAACUGGCACUGGUUCUCAUAUUGAUGAAUCCGGUGACUCACGAUAUGAAUAUGUUCAAGCAUCUGACGUGCAUUCUGAUUAUACCCAGCCGAGAAGCACAGACUUUGAUUAUCUGCAGCCAAGAGAAGAAGGACCCAGUGAUUUACAGCUAGUAGACCAGGGAACCAAUGAUGUCCAGGGAAUAAGCCUUGGAAACGACUAUGUCCACGAUACACACACAGGAACCGACUAUAUUGUAGGUUUAAGCGACGGGCUUGAUUACGUCCAAGAAGCAGGCCAGGGAUCAGAUUAUGUGGUAUCAGAUUAUAGUCAGACUGGACCUGGUUCUAUUGAUUAUGUUCAGUCAGCUGACCCAGAUAUUUCCCAGCCAUUAGAUCAGGGAUUUGACCACACAGAGCUAACAAACCUUGAUCUUGGUCAACUGGUAGAUCAAAAUGGCGGAAUAGUCGCUCAUACAAAUCAGAUAUCUGACCACAACCAAUCAGGUACUAUUGCACCCUUUAUUCAGCCAGUUAUUCUGUUGCCAGAGCUUAUUCAUCCAAGCGAAAUAGGGAGUGAAUAUGGUCAGCCAAGUAGUUUUGACUCAUCAGCUUUCCAAUUAGAUAAAACAGUAAGUGACAACCUUACUGAUAUGAAAAGCGAUGUCCAGUUAGACAGUCAAGCAGAAGGCAAAGAGUUAGGACUUGAUGACAUAGGGUCCGAUUAUCCUCACACAAAUCCAGGAGCAUCUCAAGUGACUCCCAAUUUGGGGACUGAAUACAGCCAGUUCAAUAAUGUUCGACUUGAAAAUGUUCAGACAUCUGACGAGGAAACUGAGUAUGAUCAGCCAUUGUCUACGAACUUGGAAUUAACACAGUCAAGAGUUUUAUCAGAACUAGGACAUGAACAAGAUUUGACAAACAAUUUAGGUUCUUCCCAAAGUGUAGAUCCUGAAUAUAACCUUCAGGAGACUCAUCUUAACCCUCAGAGUUAUGAGAACUCUCUACCGAUACUUGAUCUUCCUUCCACACCAAGUAAGGAUUCUUCAGAUCACACAAUAUCUGGCAGCGAAUUUAGCAACAAUCCAACCCAGGAUCAUGGUGCAAUAUCCAGUUUCACCAACUCGCCAGAUUUUUCACUAAGUUCUUCAUUCAACAGUCAGUAUGAAGAGACGAAUGACCAAUCACCAUCAAACCCUCAAUUUUCUGGACUUGAUGUAGCGGCUGAUCUUACAGGCGACCAACAUAUCCCGCUGCCUGACCAAGUGCCUAUAGCUCGCUCCAUCCCAGAGGCUAAUCUAGAUAACCAAGAGUAUCUGGUACAAGAUAAUUUCAGACCAACUGCAAAAUUCGAUACAAGUGGCCAAAACUUGCCGGAAAAUGAAAAUAAUGCUUAUGGUUUAGAAAAUACAUCAGGUGUCGAAGUGGUUCCGAGCACAACAGGUGACGGAGGAAGACAAAUAGUCCAUGGUCAAGGCUUUAUUUCUGCCCCAGAAUUUCCAUCAGGUGUUCUUGAUUCCGCUACGACAGAUGCCGGAUUAGGAAUUUAUGAACAUUCUGUUUCGGAAGAUAUAUCAAACAAUUUGCAAGAAGAAAACUUAAGUCAGACUCCAGUGCCUUCCACAUCUACACUUGGAUACACUGCAAUCCCUACUUUUGAACACUCACAAUCGCCUUUAAUAUACACACCAGGUCUUCCCGCGGAAUAUGUAGCAGAUAACACAGCAACACCUGGUUUUGAAUACAACCCAACACCUACUCCAGGAUACACACCAUCUGUCCGAGGAUACACACCAGCCCUUGCUUUUGGAUAUGCAUCACCUAUAACCCAAGGAUACACAACACCUGUUGCUUUAGGGAGUACUCCUACACCUGCCCCGAGACUCACAUCACUGUCUGAUUACAGCCAAAGCCCACAGCCCGGCUUGGGAUUCACUCCAAAGCCUGUCCAGGAAUACACACCUUCUCCUGACGCAGGACGAGGGCCAUCUCCCACAGUAGGAUACACACCCAAACCAAUAACAGGAUACACACCCAAACCGACAACGACACAUACAGCCAAACCAAUUACAGGAUACACCCCUCUUGAACAAGGACGAAUCUCAGCUUCUACGCAAGCAUACCCAUCAGUCACUACCCAGAGUCCUACCCAAGAACCUGCCUUCACUCACACAACACCCUCUGUCUUGGAUCGCACCCCACUCAUCCAGAAUACAAAUCCGCCAUCUCCCAUAGUCGGCCACACCCCGUCACCGUAUUCCGACGUCACCCCAACACCCGCUCCGAUCCUGGACAAUACCUUAGCACCUCUCCAGGAAUAUACCACAAGGACUCCCCAAAGGUUUGCCACCGCACCCGCCUACUCCCGUGCUCCAGAUCCCAUCCUAGGACAGAGCCUACCUGGUUUCGGACAAGCUCGGGCGCGCGAACAAGUCCCUGGAACCGCUUCUCCGGCUUCGCAGCGACGGAGGAAGAGGCCCUCGAAGGGAAGAAAGGACCCACAGGCCCGCCCUCGAGACCCAGCUGAAGCCCUACGUGUUCGCUUACUCGAUCACCGACCCGCGAAACGGCGCUGACUACGGCCAGACGGAGGAGAGCGACGGGAAUGUUGUGUCCGGACAGUACCACGUUCUGUGCCGAUGGGAGGCGACAGAUGGUGCAGUACAGAGCCGACCCCGUCAACGGUUUCGUCUCUGAGGUCGAGUAUUUGGACAACCAUCUGCCAGGCUCAGGUGGUUUCCCCUUCCCGUCUCCUCGUUCUCGGGUUCCUUCACCAUCUGCGAGUCCUAGUCAUCCCGCAGGUGGCGCGCAGUACCGCCUACCCACAGCUGGUGAUCAGUACCAGUCUCCCUCCAUUCAGAGCAUUACGAGAAGUCUCCCUCCAGUUGAACUCCUGAGCCAGCUGUCGACGAGAGAGGCAGCUGGAAACCCCAGCAGAACAACAAUUGAAGUGCCAUCUGUAGAAAGUAGUGAGCAGAAGGUAUCUGCAGGUGGUGAUCCAUCGCAACGUCAGGAGCCCGUUGCUGGAGGCCCCGUAGUGAGACAGCCGCCAUCUUGGAUUGACCGGUCCUCCACGGGUCCAACUUGGCGGGCUUAUUUCGAAAAUUAAGUGAAGUAGUUUAAAUAUAAAUAAGACAAAGGCAUAAUUUGCUAUGGUAAAGGUAGAUAAUCGAUAAAAAAAGAUAGCUUUUGCCCUUACGAUGUUUGUUUACGCUUCCAAAACUAAGGAAUUUGGGCGGGAAAAGAUAUCUCAAAAACAAAAUUGCAUCGCGUUGUGUCCGAGCGAGAGAAAUACAUUUAAAAAACGCGGAAGUCUUAAAAAUCACAAAGUAUAAAAUAGGUUAUGCGGAAGUCUUGAAUUACAAAACAUGAAAAGUCGAUUUAAAGACUGAAGUUUGACCACGUCAUGCUUAGUCACGGUCAGGUUUUCCGUUGAAGCCGAAAACGCCAUGU